AUGAUUAACGUGGACUUUGACUCAUAUUUCGUGAGCGGCCCAACGUCCGUGUACGAGGAGUAUCUGAGACCAGAGAACUACGAUGAACACUGUGUUCUGAGAGAGAAGACGACAGAGGCUUCCACUGUUGGCCCUUCUACAGCGUACGGCUGGGCGUCGCUGGUGUUCAUCCUUAAGAACGACGGCUACUUCAGUGACCUCUGUGACAUCACUGCCAACGCCACCGACCCCGGUGACAUUAUCACAUUGUCAGGGGAGCGGCCCGGUGAUAACAUCAUACAGUCAGACUGUAGUGGCCAAGAUGAACAGUUCUCUCUGGUCUUCACCGUCGCCUCCUUCUCCAUGAACUUCCUGCGUUUCCCUCUGGGCUUCCUGUUCGACCACUUCGGCACCAUGGCGACCAGGCUCCUGGCCACAUGUCUGUACACCACGGGGACCUUGUUGAUAACUGUCUCCAGUCCAGAGCAGUCAGCGUUGCUGUUUCCUGCCAUCUCGUGCCUGAUCACAUCUGGAAUGUUGUUCUACACCACCAAUGCUCAAGUGGGGAACCUGUUCGACAGCCACCGUUCCACGGUCAUAUCGGUCUACGCCGGGGCCUUCGACUCCUCCGCCGCUGUCUUCCUCAUCAUCAAGUUUUUGUAUGAAAGAGGGGUCUCUUUCCACUCCUCCUUCCUCGUUCUCUCCGUCUGCAGCGUCAUCCACGUCUUCCGGACGUUCUUCCUCAUGCCCAAGACCCACAUCCCCUACCCACUCCCCGACAGAUACGCUUACGGGGUGAGCUGCGGUGGCCGGCGUUGGGAGAGAGGGGGAGAUAGAGGAGAAAGGGACGGAGGAGGAGGAGAGAGAAAAGGAGAUGUGAAUGCCAAAUAUCAGAAGAUUGCUGUGUUACAGAAGGCUGAGAGUGCCCCGCUGCAGUCGCAGGACAAAGCAGGACCUUCCAGACCCGAUCAGCCUGAGAGAGUUACCAGUUUUAGGAGUUGUGUCCUGUCCUGGUUCUUCCUGUGGCACCUGGUCUGGGUGGCUGUCAUGCAGUUCUGUCACUUCCUGUUCAUCGCCACGGUGAACCCCAUGCUCAACCGGCUGGCCAACAGAGACCAGACCUUGGUGAGUCAGUACACCAAUGCCUUUGCCUUCACCCAGCUCUGUGGGGUCCUCUGUGGUCCCUGGAAUGGCCUCAUCAUGGACAGACACAAGGGGAAGCCACUGGCUCCAGGAGAGACGAAGCAAGAAGCCGACCUGCGCUCCUCUUCUCUCUCCCUCUUCCUCACCUCCCUCCAGUGCCUCCUCUUCUACGUCUGCUUCUCCUCUCCUCUCCUUCCUCUCCAGUACCUCACCUUCAUCCUGCAAGUCCUCAACAGUGCCUUCAUCUAUGGUGGACACCAAGCCUUCCUCACCAUCGCGUUUCCCGGCUGCCAUUUUGGUAAGUUGUCUGGUCUGAUAACAUCUCUGUCAGCUGUGGUUCUGCUGCUCCAGUUCCCUGUUCUACACCUCAUCAGAGAGUUGCUGCAUGGAGACCCUAUCUAUGUGAACGUGGGUCUGACCCUCCUCACCCUCCUCACCUUCAUCCACCCCCUCCACGUCCACCUCCACUGCCGCUCUCUAGCCAGUCAGAGGAGGGCUAGGACCGAACAGGAAGUAACAAACUCAGGGUCAAAGGUCACGUGCAACAGGCUGGUGGGGAUGUGACGACAACCAACAACAGUAGUGGUGCGUCUCAAUAGUCUAAAGUCGCUUCCUCUCCUUGUCUCCUUUCCUUUGAUAACAUUGAUCUGAUAAAAUUGGUGGAAAACAGGGUCUGUGUCCCAAAUAGUGCCCUAUCCCCUACAUGAGACAUUACUUUUGAUGGGACCUGGAUAAAAGUAGUGCCCUAUAUUAGGGAAUAGGGUGCAUUGGGGCACAAACAGGUGCUUCUGUAGGGUGCCUUCCCUUCGCCAUCUUGCUUUCACUUGUCCGAUGUAGGUGAAGGAGAGGAGACGAGGAGAGAAAGCAUCUUUAGACUGUUGGGAUGCAUCCAGGACAAUUGACACUACAUCAUGGACAAUGCCACUGACUGUUCAAGGCAGGGCAAAGGAGGACAGUGACCAAAGUGAAGACCUACUGUAAUGUGCGUGUUAACCUGUCUGAUUGUAAUAAAGAAUACAACUAAACUGUGAAACAACAAA